UUGUGUUACGAAAGGUAUUACUCUUCAUCAAAACGUAUUUCAAGAUGGCUGCCGCUUUGUAUGUGAACGGUUGUAAAAAUCUUUCAUAUUUACUUGAGGUCUGUGAUAUUCGAGACAACAAGCUUAUUAUCAGCGAAACAAUUGAAGCAAAGGCCCCAUCUGUCACAUUUCCUUCUGGUGUCAGAGUCGAGGGUACAAGAACAGUGGCAUAUUAUUUAUCACAAGUUGCUUGCCCGAAGUUAUUAGGGGAAUCCCCCCUUGAAAGAGCUCAGAUAGAUCAAUGGCUUGAGUAUUGGCAGAUAGAGAUGAUACCAGCAUUAGAUAACAAAGCACAGAUGAAGGCUAUCCUCCAGGAGCUGGAUUGGCAGUUACAACAUAGAGUGUUUUUGGUUGGCCAUAGAUUAUCUUUAGCAGAUGUCAUGCUGUUUAUGACUUUACAUACUAGUGUCACUGAGAUGAGCUGUCAGGAAAGAGAGCAACUGAUUAAUGUUUCUCGGUGGUUUUCAACGGUUCAGGCAUUAUUAUCAUCCAAAACAAGUCUAUCGAUGGUAACAUUUCCUAGGAAUUUGUUGUACAGUUAACUACAGGGAUAAGGCGUCUUGUAAAAAGGUUUAGAAAACAAUUAAUUAAAGCAUCAAACAGUCCAAAAA